UUUUAUUGGAAUGCUGUGAUUUCUCAAAGAAGGCGAAACAUACUGCUUAUACGGACUUAUACUCAUUGGGGUCAAAAGCAUUAAAUGACUUCUUAGGCCUCGUGAAGACCACUCCAAAAUAUCACUAUUUAUACAAAAGAGAAACAUGCAUUGAUCUAAACACUAUAUCUUUUGCCGCAGAUAUAUAUGAGAGAACUAUUGGUUAUAAAGAACUAGUGGGUGCUUGUUACAUGGCACUUGAAAAAAUAUUUGAAUUCAAUCUUGUUCGAAAAGUAGGGCAACUUGAAACCUACAUCUCAAUUGUAUAUGCACUUCCAUAUCUUUCAGAGAUGCAAAAGAAUAUGCUUGUUCAUAUCUUACAUUAUGGUUCAACAAUUGUGUCAUGGAGUGAUGCCUUGAGUGAGCUUAUCUCGAAAGGCAUAGUCAGAGUUGUUAGGAACUUUUUGUUGCAAUCAGUUGAAAUAGAAUGCAUAGCUCUGAUAUUGCAAAUAGUAUUGCUUUAUAAUGCUGGCUUCUUUUGCAAACCAUAG